UGUGGUGGUGGUAAAAUGGAGCGUAAGAACGGAAGGCAAAACAAAGGCAUCAAAGCUGUUGGUUUGUCGACAAAGUUGUUGGAAAUGUUUGAAGCAGCUGUUGUUUCCCCUGCGGCUCCUUGUCUUGCUACCUUACGAAUCAAUCGAAGAAGAAGCAAAACCAACGUACUGAGGUUAUGGAAACUGAGAGCCGCUACUGGUGAUUUAUCUGGGACCCUGAAGCAAACAGUUGGUGGGCAAUUGAUGCAACGCAGCAGCGAUAACAACUACAGCAAGCUGAAUCAAAGUGAAAUACUAGUAAAGAAGAGGAGGAGGAUGGUUUUCUUCUCUCAAGUCAGCCUCGCCGACCCUAUACUUGGAAGGGAACUGGCUAUUGGGACACCCUUGAUCUCAACAAAAUCUGAGGACAUUCCACGGAGCCUGUUGAUUGCUGAGGAGAUUAAAAAUACAAACGGGCCGUUAAGUUUGGUGGCUUUAUCAUGUGGAUCAAUCUCGUGGUUGACAUCUGCACAAGUGGUACAAGCCAGUGAAUACAUCAAAAUGAAUGCGGUUUAUGAGAUUGGAGAACUGUUUGAAUUGGGAAUCCAGCUCUCCUACCUGCUUAUAUUGUUGGGUCUACUUGGGGUUGGAACUUUCUUUGUGAUUCGUCAAGUUCUUGUGCGCAGAGAACUUGACCUUUCUGCCAAAGAAUUGCAAGAGCAAGUACGAAGUGGUGAUGCCAGUGCAACUGAGUAUUUUGAACUUGGAGCAGUAAUGUUGAGGAGGAAAUUUUACUCUGCAGCUAUUAAAUACUUGCUUCAGGCGAUCGAGAAAUGGGAUGGAGAUGAUCAAGAUCUUGCUCAAGUCUAUAAUGCCCUUGGUGUUAGUUACAUCCGUGAUGGAAAGCUCGAAAAGGGAAUCACUCAAUUUGAGACUGCCGUGAAGCUUCAACCGGGCUAUGUCACAGCUUGGAACAACCUCGGAGACGCCUAUGAGAAGAAGAAAGAGUUGAAGUCUGCUCUCAAGGCAUUUGAAGAAGUCCUGCUUUUUGAUCCAAACAACAAGCUCGCGCGACCCCGUCGAGAUGCGCUCAAGGACGAAGUUGAGAUGUACAAAGGAGUUUCUGUUAAAACAAAGCAAAAAUGAUGAUUUUCUCCUAGCUCGUGUAAUCCUCGUACAUUGAUCUCGAGUUUUGACAUUUAAUUCAUCCUCGUUCUUCCUCUUGCGAUCGCUGACGUGAUGUGAAAAAUAAAGUCUGUUUUCUCUUUUUUGAAACAAAUAGAAACACAAUGCCUUACGAUGGACGUCAAUAAGUUUCCGCAUUCAUGUCUGGUUCAGCAGUGGUGUAUCUACUUCAUUCCUUUCGAUUGCGGUAAUAGACUAGGUUCAUCAUCGUAUUCUAAUUUCACGGACCUUGACCACCGGGAGGUCACACAAUUCAAUCGAGUUGGACAGUAUCACUGUUUCACGCAUUUGCUCAAAGUUUGUGGGGAAAUUGAGUUAAGCUGCACGCCUUCUACAUCACUGCAGUAGAUAGGACCAAAUGACACCAGAACGGCCCAUUGCGUACAAAACUACCUAUCUAGGGUUGAAGGGUUGUGUUUACUUGGGGGGAGGUUGUUUCAACGGACCUAAAAAAUCAACUUCUUUGCAACAACAUAUAGAACGUUUAGUUGAAGGAAAAGUCAGAAGAAAGCGUUAGUCUUGCUCUGCGCCUUCAAUCUAAUAGCUUUCAAAGAACUCCAAAUAAACAGUUCACUAACACAUUAGAACUUCCAAUCAAACGGAUGGCCGCUGCAGCUGAAAUAAUACACUGCCGUGCAUGUUUCUCUGAAAGAAUAUGGCGGCAUAUCCUUAGGCACUAUUACCAGAAGACACUGUCCAAUUCCUGAUCAUAAGGGGAAAAGGGUGCUUUGUAUCAGAUUUAUAGAACACAUGCCAUCUCAAAGGAGGGUGUGAUGCUGAGGCAGCCUUAGCUAUAUGCAUAACCUGCCCGGGUUUAAUCCCAACAUCAAUAAGGUACAUCUCAUAGUUAUUUAGAAAUCUCGGUAUUCUGGACCCAACUCUUCCAAGAAGUUCAAAUCUCAAUCCCAUCCCCUCUCGCUAUCACCGUGCGGCAAGAACAAAGUGAUUUUCUCUGAAACAAUCUCAAAACAACACUUCUACAGUCAUUUCCGCAUGCCAAACAGAAGAACAACGCUAUGUUCCAUCUCCCUUGUGGAUGGAAGUAUCCAAAACUUCCUAGUAAAACCUCUUACCGUGUCCUCCAUGGAGAUUGAUUUGCGAACAUCAAAAUACCACAUCAAAUGAAAUCUUCAAACAAAAGAAUGUGAUUGAUAUCAUUAGUUUCCUCUUAUUAUGCAAAAGAGAUAGUCCAACGGCAUAAUCCUUCUCGUAAAGCAUAAAUUCCUCUCAUUACUAAAGGAAAGCCUGGUCAACUCUAUAAUCCUAAAUCAAAAAAGAUAAGAAACGUUGACCAAGUGCUAAUUCACCGCACCAACAACUAAACAUGGAAUGUACAACAGACACAUACAACCCAUAGUCUUAAUACAAACACAAAUGAAGCGCAAGUACACAAAGAGGACGUGGGGAAUAUAACAGAUGCCGCAACAUUAUGCCAAAGAAGAGCAUUGCAGCAUAAAUCACAGCAAUAAUAAUACUUAAGUUCAUGAAAUGUACAUUAUUCGUGUAUCCAGUAGGGGUACUACUAGAAACUUUUGAGAUGUACAGAGACAUUUUACCUGCAUCGAUUCGCAACUCUAAAGAAACCAUAAAAUGAUCUUUCUUCUGUUCUCCCCCUUCGGAAUCAUUCAUCAAAAAUAACCUCAAUGAACUUCUUUGAAGCCCACGACCUGGAAACAUCUGAAAGCUUGCUUUCUUCAACACAUAUUUGCCUCAACCGCACACAAUUCAAAACAAAUAACUCAACAGCCUCUGCCUCGAUCCCAUCACAACUCACUAGAUCUACAGUCUCCAACUGCUCACAACUCUUAAACAUUGAAACCACAGAUGCAUUUGUCAAUCCUUCACACCCCCUCACGUUCAAUUCCCUCAAACAAUUCAACGACGCAAGCAUCAAUAUAAACUCUUCAUCCGCCAACUUGUAACUAUAAGACAAGUCCAACUUCCUCAAAUUUCUAAAACUCUGUCCUAAAGUGGUCAACAACCCAGGUUC